GGAAUGUACAGCAAUUAAUAUAACUUAAAACAAAAGCUUAAGUCAAAUUGACGUUUUGUUUUGAUCGGCAAAUUAUCCGGACGAGUCGUCGUCUUCUACUACGCUACGCGUUAGUGUGCAGGUUUCCAGUUGCAAAAUCAUUCGGUGCGGUACAACUCCUCAAUUAUGGAAAUAACCUCAUUUUUACCUCAGUCAGGCGCCUCAAUGCUGUUACAAUAUGACGUUUUCGCAAACCACGAGUUUACUUCCUAGUUAAAAUGCACAUUCUGUACAUCGACCAUUACACGGGCGAUCGGGAGCGUUUCUCCCUGAGGACCUCGCACGUUCCCGGGGGAUUUACGCCCGAUAUCGUUUUGACAGGCGCGAUUCGAUUUCGCCCGUGCCAUUUUUCAUUCACCGUCGAUUCGCGAAAAAGAUUUUUCGAAAACAUGCGCGUCUCGUCCACCGUACUCCUGUCGCUCGUUUUCCAAAUCGUUUCGAGUCGAUUCAGGCUGCCGUACGACGUCCGCCCAAUACAGUACACGAUCACGCUAAAGCCGGACAUAGACGCCGGCACGUUCUACGGCGAGUCGGCGAUCGACAUCGUAGCAGAGAACGACCGAGACGAAUUAUUGAUCCACGCGUGCGGACUGAACGUGACGCACUCGUCCAUCGACCGAACGUCGACGAUGUUAGCCGAACGAAAAGACGAGAUGCUCGCGAUCUGGAUCGAGAACGGCACCAUCACGGCCGGCAACCACACCCUGCGAUUCCGAUACUUCGGGUUUUUGCGCGAGUCGCUGGGUCUGGUCAAGGCCGCGUACGGAACCAACAACUAUUCCGGAUACCUGGUGGUCAACGAUUUCGAGCCGGACGGCGCUAGGUGGGCGUUCCCAUGUUUCGACGAGCCUCGCUUCAAGGCCAACUUCGCGAUCCGCCUAAUCGCUCCUAACGCCACCUACACGGCGUUGUCGAACAUGCCCCGUGUGCCCGCCUCCUGGGGCGACACGUACGAUUUCGUCACCAGCGUCAAGAUGUCUACCUACACGGUGUCCUUCGUUAUAACCGAUUACCCCCACUACGAGCACGUCGCUACGUUGCCAAAUCGAACCGUUCCCGUCAGGAUUUACGCGCACAAUGCCACCCGCAUCAACACGGAGGUCGUUGUCGGGGCGGCCACGGCCGCCAUUAAGUUCUACUCCGAUUACACCGGCAUCGAUUACCAACUGCCGAAACUGGACAUGAUCGAGUACAACCAAACCGGCAACACCGCUUCCGAGUACUGGGGACUCAUCCACUUCAAGCAGGGCCUGCUGACGUCGGAUUUCGACGUCUUCGACGAUUGGCAACGUCGCCUCGUGGUUUCGCACGAGUUGGCCCACUUCUGGUUCGGCAAUUUGGUAACGAACGAGUGGUGGGAGGAUUUGUGGCUUCAGGAGGGCAUGGCGACGUUCAUGUCUUACAAAUUCAUGUCCGAGGUGUACGAGUCGCCCAACAUACACAUCGAUGUUUUGGAGUUGUUUGUCGUCGAAAAAAGCGGCGCGAAGCCCCUGUUUUAUAACCUAACGUCCAGGAACGACACCGAGGACAGGUUCGACAAGGUGGUCUACGAGAAAGCCGCUUUGCUGUUGAAAAAUCUGGAAUGUUUGGUGGGCCCAGACACAUUUAGAAAAAGCGUAAUGGAAUAUUUGGAUAAAAACGCGUACGGCACGAUUUCAACCGGCCAAUUUGUGUCGCUGUUCGAGAUCAACUCGGCUCAGCCCCUGGUGAGGGCUUAUUUAGAGAGCUUCUUGUGUCAAAGGGGAUUCCCCGUUGUAAGUGUGAGAGAGGUCAACGCUACGUGCUACGUCAUCACUCAAGAUAUUUACAUCGAUGAACACAGGCAAGUUACGUUAUUACAAAUAAUCUAUUGUACAGGAUGGUUUAAGUUUAAAACUACUCUAAGUUUGGGAUUUUUAUGAGUGGAUUUUUUUCUUUUUUUCUUAUUUUAAA